AUGGCUCCCCCACCUCCGGCGAGCAUGCCUCUCCCACAGCGCCUGGCAGCUGUCGCCCAAACUUUACAGUUUGCCUGGUUCGUUGGGUAUGUCAUCCUCCUGCCUGACUAUCUCUUUCUCCUGCCUGCUGCCACAGACGAGAGCUUUGUCCCCGCCCUCGCCUCUGCCAAUCUGGACAGCUUUCGCCUAGGCAAGACAUGGGACAGCUUCGAGGGCAGCGUCCGAGUCGCGAGAGCAAGACUCGAGCAUCUAACGCUGAUUCUGUCUGUCCUGCGCUACUCGCUAUCAUGGAUUCGGAUGAACUAUUACACCCGCAUGGCCCAGUUCUCCUACCGUCUGGCAUUUGUCGCCGCCAUGCUCACCUACGGCAUCGUCGUCUACAAGACCCUUCGCGCUCGCGCCAAGGCCGGCAUGAAGUUUUCUCCCCAGGUUGCUAUCUCUCUGAUCGGUGACGAGAAUGUCCAGUACUUCCUCCUGGCCUUCGUCUGGCUCCUGGCUCCUCAGUACCCAAUCGCCUUGCUGCCCUACAGCGUCUACUCCAUCUUCCACUUUGCAACCUACACGCGUUCCACCGUCAUCCCGACCAUCAUCCCUCCCACCCAAGCUGCGCCUGCAGCGGGUGCCUCUCCCAGCGCGAAGCCUCAGUACAACACUCAUCCCAUCGCGGAUGCCAUUGGAAGCUUUGUCAAGGAGUACUACGACACGUCUAUGUCCGUUGUCUCGGGCCUUGAGAUUGCCCUGUGGGGUCGGCUUCUACUGAGCGCCAUCCUGUUCCAGCGUAGGAGCUGGAUUCUGCUGGCCAUCUACACUGCCUUCCUGCGGGCGCGCGUUAACAACAGCACCCACGUGCAGGGCUCCUUUGCUAGACUUGAGGCCAGAGUCGAUAACCUCGUCGGGGCUCAGGGUACUCCACCUGCCGCCCGACAGAUUUGGGAUGCCGUCAAGGGAAGUGCCAGGACUUUCCACUCGGCUACUGAUCUCAGCAAGUACGCCAAUGGUGCCGCUGUGCCCAAGAAGACGUCGUAA